UCCACCGGCCACGUCGCCCCUCAUUCGCCAUAUUUCGUGGAGGAAUGCUUAGGAGGAGAGCGGCACUGAGCCGGUUUACAGUUAUCGCAGUCGCCUCGAGCUCCCUUUAACACCACUAAAACCAGCCAGAGAGAAAAAGACAAAAUGAAUAUCUUUAGGUUGACUGGAGAUCUGUCUCAUCUAGCUGCCAUCAUCAUCCUGCUGCUCAAGAUAUGGAAGAGCAGGUCCUGCGCAGGUAUCUCUGGGAAGAGCCAGAUACUCUUUGCCUUGGUGUUCACCACACGGUACCUGGAUCUCCUGACAUCCUUCAUUUCUCUUUACAACACUAGCAUGAAGGUUAUCUACAUCGGAUGUGCCUAUGCCACAGUCUACCUGAUCUACGCAAAGUUCAGGGCAACUUAUGAUGGAAACCACGAUACUUUUAGAGUUGAGUUUCUUGUUGUUCCAGUGGGAGGUCUCGCCUUUCUGGUCAACCAUGACUUCUCUCCAUUGGAGAUUCUGUGGACCUUUUCCAUCUAUCUUGAGUCUGUGGCCAUCCUGCCCCAGCUGUUCAUGAUUAGCAAGACCGGCGAGGCCGAGACCAUUACUACCCACUAUCUGUUCUGUCUGGGGGUCUAUCGCGCCCUCUACCUCUUCAACUGGAUCUGGAGGUUCUACUUCGAGGGCUUCUUUGACAUGAUCGCCAUCGUGGCUGGGGUCGUCCAGACUAUUCUCUAUUGUGACUUCUUCUACCUUUACAUCACAAAAGUGCUGAAAGGAAAGAAGCUGAGUCUACCAGCCUAAGUGCCAAAGAACACAGAGCUGUGUCUCCAUCAGACUUAUAGAGGGGCACAAGCCAAUGAUGCCACCGCAAGAUGCCCAAGACAAAGAACGCAUAACGCCAGUUCAAUCACUGAUUUAUUUCUCUCCGCCUGGACGCCAACCAUCCCCUUACAGAAACGAGGACGUUUUUGCAAACUUUUCUUCUGUCUUUAGCAUCUUGCAAUACUUUUUUAUUGCUAUCAAAAAGAAAAAGAAGAAAAAAACUUUUCUAUAUGCAAGGUGUAUUGAAAUAUUGAGCAGUGCGUUGUGCACAUUAACAGUUAAUUGCGUCAUUGUAGAUUUGUCCAUGAUUGAAAAUGGUUCCCAGUGUCGAAUUAAUUUGUGGUUCUUUCCUGAUUUAAGAGGGGGGAAAAAAUGAAAUGUGUAUGUUCAAGAAUUCAAAUUAUUAUAUCCCUGAAAAUUAGACCACUGAAAAUUUAGAAAAAGAAAGUCCUUUUCAUUUUUUUUUUUUUUUUUUUUUUUUUUUUUUUUUUUCCCCCACAUGAAUGCCUUAUUUGUAAUUCAGUUUAUGUACAUAACCAUUUUUGUUGAUGCCCCGAUAGCAACGAGUCAGCUGUAAAUAAGAGAGCAUUUCAUAUUUCAUUCAGCACAAUUCUCUUUGUGUGACCCAUAUCAUGUUUUUAAGGAUGUCAACAUUUAUCAAUGAUAUGCGAUAUUACAGCAAGGUUGUUUAAAUAUUCAGUUAUUACCUGCGAACAUCAGCUUGUUGAAAUGCAGUAAUUUAUGAUAAGACCAUUAAAUCUAGUGGUGUGGAUACUGUCAGCACAUUUUGGAGUGAGUUUUGUAGCUUAGUAAUUUUUUUUUUUUUUUUUUUUUUUUUUUAAUGGACUACAGCUUGUUUUCUUUAAGUUCAGCAUCCCCAAUGUUUUCCCCUCUCAAGUCAUUCCUGUAGGGUUUACAGUUAUUUUUUUAGUUUUUACAUGUCUCCAAUAAAUAUUUUAAGGGACACGA